UAAACCCUGGCUUGUCAAGGCACACCACCCCAUCGGCCAUCGCCAAAGAGGUCGCGGAUAGGGUUAUUACCUCCACUUUUAGCAGAUUUCUAUUCGGUCUACGGGAAUUCACAAUGUCACGAAGAUACGAUAGCCGCACAACAAUCUUCUCUCCAGAAGGCCGUCUGUACCAGGUGGAAUACGCAAUGGAGGCAAUUGGGAACGCCGGGAGCGCCAUAGGCAUACUAUCAAAAGACGGGGUCGUUUUGGUCGGCGAAAAAAGGGUCACUUCCAAGCUUCUCCAAACCUCCACCUCCACCGAGAAGAUGUACAAGAUCGACGACCAUGUGGCGUGCGCCGUUGCAGGAAUCAUGUCAGACGCCAACAUCCUCAUCAACACAGCCAGGGUCCAGGCCCAGCGCUACACCUACGCUUACCAAGAACCGAUGCCCGUGGAACAACUGGUCCAGUCGCUGUGCGACACCAAACAAGGGUACACCCAGUUUGGAGGGCUGCGUCCUUUUGGGGUGUCCUUCCUCUUUGCAGGGUGGGACAAGAACUACGGGUUCCAGAUGUACAUGAGCGACCCGAGUGGGAACUACAGUGGGUGGAAGGCUGCUGCGAUUGGGGCAAACAAUCAGGCGGCGCAGUCCAUGCUGAAACAGGACUACAGGGACGAGAUCACGAGAGAGGAGGCUGUUCAGCUUGCCCUUAAGGUCCUUAGCAAGACGAUGGACAGCACGAGUCUGACCUCCGAGAAGCUUGAACUGGCUGAGGUGUUCCUCUGCAAGGACAAAGUUAAGUACCUGGUUCACCCACCUGAGUCUUUGAAUAAGUUGCUUGUGAAGCUUGGCUUGACCCAACCCACUUCGGAGGAGGAGACCUAAACCUCUGCUUGCUCUUCUUCUUCUUCUAUUUCCUCUGUUUACUGCUCUAUAAUAUAUUCUGAUUUCUGGACUUUGAUUUGUUUUGUUUUGUUUUGUUGAUGAUGAUCACACAUUAUUGUGUGGUGGAUAUGAAAUCAAAAGAAAAGUGUGAGAUGCACUCAUUUAACUCUAAUCCCACUGUUUCUAUAUUAGUGUCCUUUUAAAGCGGUCUUGAGGUUUAAGAAAAAUAAAAAUGAUAUAAUUUCUUUCAUGUAUGGCCUAUAAAUUGGCUUUUCUAUGGAAUAAUAUAUCAUUAAGUUCUUCUCUGAUUCCUCUGUUGAUUUCCUGAGUUCUCCAAUUUAUAUUAGUUUCAUAUAUUUCUUCUUAUUAAGGUUGCUCACAACCUGUUUGAUAAAAGUUCCCAAAGAAACCCAGUCUACAUUUGGUAUCAGAG